AUGCUGGCGUCUGUUGCGAUAGCUGAGCUGGACAAGAACAACGACACCCUGCUAACAUGGAGCUACCCGUCCUUGGACGAGAAGAUCGGCUCACGGUUGGUCAAGCUGUGUGACAUGGAGCUGCAUCGAGACGCCAAGGAUCUCCAGAAAUCGCUCAGGGAUGAGAAGGUCGGAGCAAUGGGCAGCGUCAUCUUCGCCCGCAGCCAAGGCCACUGGAUGUACCUGCUGCCCUUCUCGGUUUCUUCGUUCGUGGUAUCAGUUCAGAGCAGAGCAUUCUUUCCCAACAAGUUCGAGGCACUCUUGAAGGAACUUGUCAUGGUUUAUGCCUCGGAAGGAACUCCUCUCAGAGUUCUUGAAGGCUACCUCUCUGCAAUGACGGUCGGAAAGUUCCAGAAUUAUGCUGAGAGUGCAUUUCCUGACACGGACAUGCAAACGUCGAACCUGCAAGUUCCGAUCAGAUGGAUGAUUGAGAUGUUCGAAGUUGAGACUGUGCUGCUGUGGUCAUGUAUGCUAUUGAAAAAAAGGAUGGUUGUUUACUCUAACAAGGUUCUUGAACUUCAACGAUUCCUCCGUAUCAUCCCGGCCCUGGUCCCACAUCGAGAGUCAUGGAAUGUGCUGAAACCUUAUUGCGUUGGGGACGAGGAGGACGAGGAAGAGCUCAAGACAGCAAGCUUCUUCGUUGCUGGGGCCCUUCAGCCGAUGGAGUCCAACAAGGACAUCGCAAGCUUCUUGUCCAAAGCGCUUGAGGAGAAUGUAGAAGACCAAGCAAUAAUUUCAGGGCUGCAAGAGAAGAAUCAAGAAUUGAUCGACAAGCUGAAAAUGUUGGCGGCGGACGAAGAGGACAUGCUGCUAAGUUUGUCCUCCUUGCAAGAACAGCUUCAAAACCCCAAGCUUGCAUUCUUCCUUUACUCCGUCGCUCUUUCAGAGGGACUUGCUAGACCUGAGGCUUGA